CAUGUGAACCUCAAGCUGAAGCGCAGGCAGAGCGAGGGCAUCUCGUGCAUCUUCUACAGGAUCGACACCACGGAGGGUGCAGGGACCUGGAAGCAGCUCCUCCAGGUGUCCGACGCGAAGUUUUCGGACGAGAACUUGCGGCACCUGGAGGUGGCGACGGCGACGGACGCUGCCCAGGCCUGCAUCCUCCACAUCUUCAACCAGCUCUGCAAGAUGCAGGUCGGCAGCGACAACAUUGACGGCAUCAAGGGCGCGGCGCUGCAGGCCAGGACCAAGGCGUUCACCGACCUCGGCGUAGCAUAA